GGACCUAUUGCAGAGAAUACAGUAUUGAAAUGGACCACCUACCAGACAGCCUCCUGCUGAGAAUUUUCGGAGAGCUGGAGUUCAAGGACAUCUGUAUCUGCUCAAGCGUAUGUCGACGCUGGCGGCGAGUGUCCUCUGAUUGGUCACUUCGGCAGGUGAUUGACGUGACAUCGCAGCCACUCUCCAUUCCCAAGGCGUUGAGCCUCGUUCGACAAUACGCUGGCACCAGACUCGUCCAGCUGAGGAUCACUGCGGCCAUAAGGGACGAGAGCUCUUUCAGCGACAGGACCCAGGUGCUGACGGUGCUAACCUUCAGGCACCUGAGAGACCACUGCCCAAAUCUCAAGGUUCUACAACUUACGGGCACCAUCAUGACCGAAGCCGACACCUCAUUGGCAUCGUCCGUCCUGGACCUGCCCGCGGGGCUCACCGAGCUGUCGUUUAGAAAAUCCUUCUUCUAUCCCAACAUGUUCUUUCAAGACCAGCCGGGUCACUUCGUGGCCAGAUCCCUGCGGCUGCUCGACCUGACCAGUGCCGUCUUCCUGUUGCGGUUCCACCUGGGCUCGUCGGACCAGUUUCCCUCGCUUCGCGCACUGAUCCUCGAAGGCUGCUACCCGCUCUACGAGAAGAGUCUCGACGCCCUCACGCCCCUCAUCGUCAACUUGGUCCUCCUGGACGUCGAGCGCACGCCCGUCGGCAACCGAGGCGUGGAGACGGUGCUCCUUCACGGCGCCAACCUCCGGUACCUGUUCGUGGGCAACACGGUGUUCGAUGGCGAGGCAUUCGAGACGGUGUGGCGCCUUCCGGUCGGUGGUCGACACCGUACCCUCCGCCUCACACACGUGUGCCUCAGAUGCACGCCGAUCAAAGCGUGUCACCUGCCAACACUGCUGCGGAUGACGCCCCGGCUGCAGUGGCUGGCCGCUGCGGGCAUCUACAUCUCGGAGAGCGUCAGGAAAAGCAUUCAGCAGCUCGUACCCAGUUCGUGCCGGUACUUGGAACUGAUCCCGUUCCAGACGGACAGCACGGCGUUGUGCAAGCAGCACGUGACCAGUCACAUCCGCAAGGCGAACCUGGACGUCACGCCCGAUCACAACUGCUAGACCGUUUGGCUCCGUGUGGUUUUCUUUGAGUGAUGUGCUGUGUUGUUCCUUUCUAAUCUGCCUUUCUUGCCGAA